AUGAAUGAUGGUUUCCGCCGUAUUGAUUCUCAGUUUUAUGCUAUGUCAGAUACAGAAGAUACAGCAUCUGUUUUAUCACAAACUUUGACAGAGUCAACUCAGGCACAAGAUUAUGGAGGCAAAGAUAGAGAAUUUGAUGAGGAAUAUGAUGAUAAAGAUGAAGAGAAGAGUGUUGUAGAUGGUAUUUCUUUAAAAAGUCUGAAUUUAGAGGAAGGACAUACAGAGAUACGUGAUGUGUAUGAAGAGAACAAAGAAACGAUGGCAGAAGAAAGUCUUCCAGACUGGGCAUGCAGUUAUUGUGGGAUUCAUACGCCUAGUUCUGUUUUAAAAUGUUUAACGUGUGACAAAUGGUUUUGUAAUUCACGUGGAAACACAAGCAGUAGUCAUAUUGUGAAACAUCUUGUAAGAGCACGGCAUAAGGAUGUUAUGCUCCACCAUAAUAGUCCUUUGGGUGAAACGAUUUUGGAGUGUUAUAAUUGUGGAAUUAAAAAUGUAUUUCUUUUGGGGUUUAUUCCGGCAAAAAGUGAUACGGUUGUGGUUUUACUUUGUCGCCAGCCGUGUGCAUCGGCCCAAAGUUCUAAAGAUAUGAAUUGGGAUACUUCACAAUGGCAGCCUCUUAUUGAUGACCGUAGUUUUCUUCCAUGGUUAGUUUCAAUACCUACAGAGCAUGAAGUCCUACGAGCAAGACAAAUUACUUCUUAUCAGAUUAAUAAAUUGGAAGAUUUGUGGAAAGAAAAUUCUAAAGCGACACUCCAGGACCUUGAAAAGCCUGGAAUCGAUGAUGAGCCUGUUCCAGUGCUUUUGAGAUAUGAAGAUGCAUACCAAUAUCAGAAUAUUUUUGGCCCUCUUGUAAAAAUAGAAGCUGACUAUGAUAAGAAAGUUAAAGAAUCUCAGACACAGGAUGGUAUAGUUGUGCGCUGGGAUAUAGGAUUAAAUCAGAAAUAUGUUGCGUAUUUUAGGAUUAAGGUUCUAGAAGCAGGUGAUUUAAAGGUUGCAGUUGGCGAUGAAAUGCGUUUAAGAUAUCUUGGAGAAUUACGAAAUCAUUGGGAGAGUAUUGGUUAUGUUAUUAAAAUACCUAAUAAUAUUUCGGAUGAAGUUGGUCUUGAGCUUAAAAAAAGUGACAAGAUUCAAACAGAUUGUACUCACAAUUUCUCCAUUGAUUAUGUUUGGAAAAGUACUAGUUUUGACAGAAUGCAAACAGCAUUAAAGCAGCUUGCAAUUAACGAAGCUAGUGUUAGUGGAUAUAUAUAUCAUAAGCUUCUAGGGCAUGAUAUUGCUCCAUUAGUAUUAAAGACACAAAUGCCUAAACGAUUUUCUAGUCCUGGGCUUCCUGAACUUAAUGUAAGUCAGGUUUAUGCUGUGCGUAGUGUUCUUCAAAAACCUCUGUCUCUUAUUCAGGGUCCUCCUGGGACAGGUAAAACAGUAACUUCAGCUACUAUUGUAUAUCAUCUUGCAAAAAUGAAUUCAGGUCAGGUUUUGGUUUGUGCUCCAUCAAACGUUGCAGUAGAUCAACUUUGCAAAAAGAUUCAUCAAACUGGUCUUAAAGUAGUAAGGGUAUCUGCAAAAUCUAGAGAAGAUUUAGAGUCUCCUGUUGCUUCUUUGACUUUGCACGAGCAAGUCCGAAAUAAUGAUACAAAUACAGAAUUGCAGAAAUUAAUUCAGUUGAGAGAUGAACUUGGUGAAUUAAGUUCCCAAGAUGAGAAGAAGUAUAAAGCUUUAGUUAAAAUGUGCGAAAAAGAAAUUUUAUCGAAUGCGGAUGUAAUAUGUGCUACCUGUGUUGGUUGUGGUGAUCCUCGUUUAUCUAAAUUCAAAUUUCGUACAGUUUUAAUUGAUGAAGCAACUCAAGCAACAGAACCGGAAUGCAUGAUUCCCCUGGUUAUGGGUUGUAAGCAAGUGGUUCUUGUAGGAGACCAUCAACAACUUGGGCCUGUAAUCAUGAAUAAAAAGGCAGCAAAAGCAGGACUUCAACAAUCACUUUUUGAAAGAUUGGUUGUUUUAGGAAUUUCACCAAUUAGACUUACUGUUCAAUAUAGAAUGCACCCUUGUUUAAGUGAGUUUCCAAGUAAUAUGUUUUAUGAGGGGACUCUACAGAAUGGUGUUAGUAAAAAUGAAAGACUUCGCAAAAAUGUUGAUUUUCCAUGGCCUGUAAAUGAUACACCUAUGAUGUUUCAUAUGAGUCUUGGUCAAGAAGAAAUCUCUUCUAGUGGAACUUCUUACCUUAAUAGAACAGAAGCUUCAAAUUGUGAAAAGAUUGUAGUAAAGUUUUUUAAAGCUGGUGUAAAAUUUUCACAAAUUGGUAUUAUUACACCCUAUGAAGGACAAAGAUCAUACAUUGUUUCAUCAAUGCAACAGAGUGGUUCUCUACGGAAAGAUUUAUAUAAGGAAAUUGAAGUAGCUAGCGUUGAUGCAUUUCAAGGGAGAGAAAAGGAUUAUAUUAUUGUCUCUUGUGUUCGCUCUAACGAACAUCAAGGGAUUGGUUUUCUAAGUGAUCCAAGAAGACUUAAUGUUGCUCUUACUAGGGCUAAAUAUGGUGUAGUUAUAUUAGGUAAUCCCAAAGUAUUAAGUAAACAUCCUCUUUGGUAUCACUUAUUGCUUCAUUAUAAAGAAAAAAAUUGUCUUGUUGAAGGACCAUUAAAUAAUUUGCAAGUUUCUAUGAUUCAUUUUCCUAAACCAAAAACUGAUUAUCGUGGAACUCAGCGACAUCCAAUGAUGCAUAAUCGUUCAUCAUAUAAACCAACUCGAGUACCUACUUCUGAUUCUAUACCUAAUAAUUCGUCAAUAAUAGGAAGUAUUCCAAAUCAUAUUGAUUCUUACACUUCCCAAAAUAUUACUGGAUUUAAUGCUAACUAUUCAAAUAUAUUUUCUGGUGGUAGUUUUUUGGCAAGUUUAGAUAAUUGGCCCGCUUUACCUGUUUGUAAAACAAAUUAUAGAAUGGUUUCUCAUUCACAAGUUGAUCGGAUUAUUGGUCAAAAAAUAUCUUCUGGACAAAAUUCUGAAUCAGAAGUAAUAUUUGAUGAGCUUGAGGAUUAUAAAGUUCAUAGAGAAAAUUAUCAUGUUGGCGGUACUCCUAUUUAUAGGGGGAAUGAUGAUGAUGCGCGAGGCUUACUAGUUGAACAUACUGUUCAAACAGGGACUUAA